AUGAAGCUCAAGCAUACAUUGGCAGCUAUUGCUGCGGCAGCGACACAAGUUCAAUGUGCCCCUACCUCACCUUCGCCGAGCAUUUUGAUCUUCACUAAAACCGCUGGGUAUCGCCACGACAGCAUUCCUAAUGCCAUCGAGCUUGUCACCUCGAUCGCCGAUAAGAACGGAUGGCCCGUUACGGCAACAGAGGACUCCUCAAUCUUCACUACUCCUGGAGGACUAAGCAAUUACACCACUUUGGCAUUCCUCCACACUACAGGAGACUUUUUAGUAGAGGCCGAGUUUGAUGGCCUGUACCAAUUCCUAGUCAACGGUGGCUCUUGGCUGGGUAUCCACUCAGCGGCGGACUUUUGGAAUGCUACGCCUCCCUGGUAUACGACUUUGGUCGGAUCUCAGUUUGAGUUCCAUCCUUGCUCUCCGGAUUGGACGUGCACUGAAGCGCAGAAAGAGCGCUAUCCUCCAGGCGGAAACAUUCGAAAUGAUAUUAUAACCAUCCAAGACCCCAAUCAUCCUUCUACUGUCGGUCUUCCCACGAGUCACAACCGAACAGACGAGUGGUACUCCUACAGGGACAACGUUGGCCUGUCAUCAAACUACACCGUUCUCGCUACCUUGAACGAAACUUACAUUGACGACAUCACCCCCGCCUAUCUAAGCAUGAAACCUACUCAUCCAAUCUCGUGGUACCACGUAUUCGAAGGGAAGGCCAGAGCGUGGUACACAGGCCAAGGUCAUACUGUCGAGACCUACAGCGAGGAAUAUUUCAUCCAACACGUCACUGGAGGGCUAGAAUGGGUUGUUGGUGCAAGGGGGUGA